AAGUCCAGGCUUUUGGGCUCCUCUUUUGUGGGUUCAGUUUUCGCAUCCCUUUUUCUUCUCUUGUUCUUCUCUCCACAGCGUGGCGCGGCGUCCGGCUUUUCUACCGGUGAUAGGCAGGACUUAGGCCACCGGCGGCGACCAUCGGAGAGCGGAAACAGUGAGUUGCUUCCGCUGUUCCUUGCCUCGGUGUUGUCCGAAGGCUCGUUCUUUGGGUUGUUUCGGGUUGCGGAAGGAAUAGGUGCGAAAAAAGAUAUCUUGUCCUUACUUUUUUGUGGUUCUUCGACGACAGGAGGAGAAACUCUAGAAAAAAGAAGCGUUCUUAGUGCGCGUUUGGUUGCGAUUUAUUGGAUCUGUACGCCGGCAGAAACGUCAGGGAUCGGCGUGUAUCCGGGGACGGCCAGAGGGCCUUUGGAUAGAGGAAGGUUCCUAGGGUUUGAUUUAUUUAUAUAGCCGUGGGGUUUUUGAGCUCGAUGCUCGUUGGAACUGGGUAAAUUGAUCAUUGAUGCCUCCCGAACCAUUGCCAUGGGAGCGGAAGGAGUACGCGUUCAAGGAUCACCGGAGGCACGAGCGCGGGGAGGCCUUUGGUGGAAGUGGCGGCGGUUCCUCAUCUUCCUUGACGUGGAGGGAGUCCUACCACGGUUCCUGUGACUUUUCCCGUGCCUCCCCCCGCCGACAUCUUUCAGUUCGUUAUCGGCAGGGCGGAGGUUACCAUCAGGUGUAUCCGGAGGACUCUGCUGGACGUGUGUUCGUACCGUCUCGUUCUGACAGAUUUUGGAUGGAAGAUGAUGAUUUAAGGUUGCCUUCUACUAGUUGCUUCAGUGGCUGCCGCAGCAACGGCAGCAGCGUAUACAGUAGGGAGAACCGAGGAUCUCUUCGUCAAUCCCCUGGCCGUGAUGGCAGUGACGUCCCCAGACAGCAACACCAUCAGGAAACCAAUACGACCGACUUUCCCAGACGGCAACACCGUCAGGAAACCAAUGUGACUGACUUUUCCAGAGGGCAACACCGGGAACCCAAUGCAACUGACUUCCCCAGACUGCAACACGAUCAGGAAAUCAAUGUGACCUCUCACAGAUCUGUCACUGCUCUGGUUUCUUCAACAUCUCAGACCUCACCGAACAACAACUAUCAAAGUGAUGUUGUUGAUGAUGGUUUGGGCUCAGGCCAAAUAUUUGAUCAUCGGGACCAUUCAUUGGGUUCAAUACCCUGGAAGAAAUGGAGCCGUUCAUCCUCAGCUAAGAACGGUAGAACUGAGAUGGAUGACGCUGGAACUAAGCUGUGGUCACAUGUGGAGAAGGAAACUUUUGUCCAGGCUCCGGUAGCUUCUUCCUUUGCUUCAACUGAAAGUGCUUUUAAGAAACCACGAAUUGGAUGGGGGCAAGGGCUUGCCAAGUAUGAGAAGCAAAAGGUGGAAGGAUUUACAGAACCUUCUGUUGGUGCAUGCUUGUCACCAUCAACUACAUGUUCAACUACAUGCAGCUCUUCACCAGGCACUGAAGAUAAGUUUUGCAGCAGGGUCAGGAAUAAUGACACUAGUCUGAGUCAAAAUAAUGAUUUGCCUGGAUCCACAUUUCCUUCUUCCUAUGAGGAAGUCCUCACUAAUUUGGAUUGUUUGCAAGUCAAUUCUAUGAGUUUGCUUGAUUCCCUGCUUGCUGAUUUGGUUCAACCUGAGGAUGCUUUUGGUGGCGAUUCCGAUUUAAUGAGGCUUUCUAUGAACAAACUAUUGGAAUUAAAGCUGCAGGCUUCAAAUGCAUAUGAAAAGAUAGAGAAUAAAAUUGAUUUACUAGAAAAGGAGCUCAAGGCAAUGAUUUGUGAUACUAAAGCUGAUGCUUAUCUAGACUCUUUGAAAUCAGCAGAUGCUGCUGCUUCUGAGCUGAGUAAAGGGCCAUUGGAUGAUUUAUCAAUUGAACAUAAUCAUUUGAAAGAUCAGCGGAUGGAGUAUGUGGAAUUGUUAGCCCUUGAAGACAAUGAGCUCAGGUCUUCAAGAAUAUUUGUUGAACAUGAAACUGCGGCUGAAGAAACAGUUUCGUCUGCUUUCGAAAAGGAACCCUUUGGUAGCAGUUUGGAGAAAUCAGCUGCAAGUGCUUCAUUAAUUGAAGGUGAAAGGUUGAAGGCUACUGAACUAUCAGAUAUGGUUGAAGGGAGGCUGAUGGUUCCCAGUGAAGUUGAUAGAGGAAGUUUUGCGAAUGACAGCAUCUGUGUAGGUGCUGAUGGUACUGUGCAGGGGAUGCCAGAUUCUAAUUUAGUAAACAUAAUGAAUAAAUCCAACAGGGGCACUUCAAAGCUUUCCUGGGAGGAAUUUUAUAUGGCACUCUCAAAACAUCUGCCUCAGUCAGAUAUUUGGGGAUUUGUUAAUUUUACAUCACUUUGUAAGCAUGGAAAGCAAAUCAAAGAGAAGCUUUCGAUAAUAAAACGGCAACAGAAAUUCAAACUACGGCUUCUUGCUCUUAAAUUUAGGGUGCUACAUCAGUCGUGGAGGAAUAAAAAACUUCGCACUAAAUUAAACAAGCAGUCUGAACUUAGCAAUCCUUCAAUUCAAAAUAGUUCUCAAAAGCAACGGUCUUCAAACCGAUCACGAUCUGCCUCAACUGGUAAAUUAUCCUUGGGUUCUACUACAAAAAUAAUGCACAGUGCAAGUAAAUUGCUGUCAGAUUUACAUAUCAAGCCUUUUAGAAAUCAUUUGAAGAUGCCAUCACUAUUAAAUGAUAAGAGCCAGAGGUACGAUACGUUUGUUAACAAUAAUGGAUUAAUAGAAGACCCUCUGAGUUUUGAGAAUGAAAGAGCAAUGAUAAACCCAUGGACGCAAGAAGAGAAAGAAGUUUUCAUGGAGAUGCUUGCCAGAUAUGGUAAAGAUUUUAUUAAGAUCUCUUCCUUUCUAGACCAUAAAAGCAUCGCAGAUUGUGUUGAAUUUUAUUACAAAAACCACAAAUCAGAAGGCUUCAAAAAUGUGAAGAAACAGUUGAAUCUUAGAAAGCAACAACAGUCUUUACCAGCCAAUACCUACCUUGUAUCAUCACGAGAGAAUUGGAAUCACAGAAAAAAUGUUGAAUCUCUUGAUUUAUUGAGUGCAGCAUCAGUUAUGGUGGCACAAAAUGAAUAUACUGAAAAGAUUGGAAAUCAUGCAGGAAAUAUUUCAUCUAGAAAUUCUGUUUAUUUAUUUGGGACAGAUAAAGUUAACAUAUCUUCUCAAGAAAGAGAAUCUAUGGCUGCUAAUGUAUUAGCAGGGAUUUGUAGGACUCGAUCCUCAGAGACUAUCAGCUCACAUGAGACUAGUUCUAUUGAUCCUGCUAAGAAGAUCAAGGAUGAGACAAACCUGGACAUGGACGCUACUUGUUUUUCGGAUGAAGGUUGUGGAGAAAUGGAAUCAGCUGAUUGGAUUGAUGAAGAGAAGACUAUGUUUAUCCAAGCUUUAAGCAUGUAUGGAAAGAAUUUCACGAGGAUUGCAGAUUACGUGAAGACAAAAUCAAAAGAACAAUGUAAGAUCUUCUUUAGCAAGGCUCGAAAGUGCCUUUCUCUUGAUGCAAUUAAUCAAGGUUGUGCCACCGAGGUUAAGCCAGUAAACCCAACAAACAGAGGAAGAAGUGACACAGAUGAUACCUGUUGUAUCAAGACUAAUUCUGCAGUCUGCAGCACACAAUCUUGUUCCAAAAUUGAUGAUGAUGUCUCCCAGCCUGUGGCGACCAAUGGUUAUGAGGGGAUCACCCAUUGUGCAAGCACUGAUUUUCAUGUUGAAACCGAGAGAUCACAUGAACAGGAUAGCGUAGUAGAUAAAGGCAUUCUGGAGGGCAAGGAUAAAGUUGAUAAGCAGGUAGUGUCCUUUUCUCAUGAUGUUAAGCAGACACCCAAUGUGGACAAUCUUCAAUCUGAUGUUCCACUAAAGGAAAAUAUUGUUACUCCAUCAGGAUACGAAGCUGUAAAAUGUGAGGCUGCAGAUUCUGCAGGAGAAGCAAAUUUUGAUGAAACUAGAAGUAUUAUUUCUCUUCCGGGGCCUGCUGUCUUAAUCAGAAAAAGUGAGCCAGUUGCAGAAUGUCUCAAACCGAAGCCAGAACAAAUAACUGCUAGUAUUUCCCCUGUUAGAGGGACUGUUGGAUGUUCUCCUGUCGAAAGUACGAGGAAGGAAGUAGAUUCGAAGUCACCAUUUGCUGCUGAGGUUGGGCUGUCAAACAAAAAAUCAACCAACAUCAGCUCCAUUGCCAAUGAAAAUGGCCUGCCUUUGUGUGCAAAAGCUUCAGUUCAAAUUGGAUCUUCAAUAAUCUCAGCAAAUACAUGCCCAUCUACUGCAAAGAAUCUGCAGUCCAUCUUAUUGGAGCAGGAAGAUAAGCACUCUGUACCAUUGAAUUCAUUUCUAUCAGAUCCAUCUAAUAUAUGUUUUGAGGACUCUCCUUGCACAUUAUCCAAAGCUACUUUUAAGUCCAAGGAUCAUGGGAUUAAGGGUCAAAAAUUGAUUAAAAUGGAUCUCGACCAACAAUAUAUGCUUACAAACUUACCACUCACCCAAGUUGAUCACAAUAUGCAUAUUAUGAAAAGCUCUCCGCUACAUUCACUCAAACAAGAAGCCAAUGGGGAAACUAACCCUCCUGCACUUGAGCAGCUUAGUCAGCAUCAGGUAGAAAACCGAAAAGACAGUCUCUCCCAACCAAAUCAUUUUCUUGCAUCAGAUAAGCACCAGCAUGAAAGCAACAUCUCCACUCCACACUCAAUAACUACUGUGAUAUAUCCAAGUGAAAAUCAAUCAGAGGCCAAACUCAGAACUUGUUUCAAGAAUGUUGGUGUUGAUGAAGAGAAACCCAGACCUGGAGAUCUGAAACUUUUUGGUAAAAUCCUUAGUACAUCCACACUGAAAUCUGGUUCAUCAUCCCAUGGAUAUAAUCAAAGAUCUUUAUUGUCCAAGAUGGACGGUGCUUCAAAAAUGACCGAUUCCAGUAAGGUUAAAGGUGCUAGUCAACUAGUAAAUGCUGGUUCAGGUCAAGUAAACCUAGAAACAACUUAUGGUUUCUGGGAUGGGAAGAGAAUACAGACUGGGUUUUCAUCAUUGCCAGAGACUGCUUCUAUUUUUUACAAGUACCAAGGGACACCAACCAGUACAUCUCAUUAUCUGGCCAAGGACAACAUUCUAGGUUGUAAUGGAAGAAUUCUCACAGACUACCAGCAGCCCUAUAUGCAGCCAUUGCCAUCUAAUUUGAAGCAGAUAGAGACCAUUCGCGGGCUCCAGAAAAGAACUAUAUUCAACAUGAUCCCAGGGUUUCAGCAGCAAGUGCGGGUAACACCUCUGAGUACCAACAUGAUGGGAGGUAGAAUGUUGGUUGGUGGAGCAGUGUCAAAUUCAGUUGCGUCAGUCAACAUGCAUUUUUCUCCAAGGGCCAAGGUUUUAGGCAGUGAAAUGGACCUGUGGAGAGGAGACAUGGGAGGCAGAUUGUAGGAGGCAGGCUUGAUCAAGACAUCAAGUAGGUAUUCGAUGGUUAUGUAGGUUUAAUUUUUUUAGGCAUUUUCUCUUUGCCUGCUUGUAUCAUUUUUACCCUUUGUUAUUUGCAUCAAAUUAAACAUGGUUGUGGGAUUCCCAUUCCAGACCAUGCGAACGUGGUUUUGUUUUCCUUCUUUUUGCUAGAUUAGCUUGAGAUUUUGUAUAUUCUUUAUUACAUAUACAAAAUCAGCUGCCACUAGAAUGAGCUACUGCAUAAUAGUUCCAAGCUUGUCGCGAGUGGAAAAUAGCCUGAAUGGUUGGGAAAAUGUUAUUAUUGUUCUUGUGAUGA